AAGAUAUCCUAUCCUAAGGUAUCACUACGACUGUCAUUUUGUAGUUUCUUCUACUUGUUCAGCCUGUGUUUGUUGCCACUUACAAUGACUCAGGUGAGAUGGUUUAUUGUGGGAUGGGUUAAAGUUUAAUGACUGUACAAUAUAAACACAUCACCUACAAGCUGCUGACAAACAGAGGCUGCAUGCCGCUGAAGCCCCAAGAGGAAGCAGGGAAAGGCAUAUUUACAUAAUAAUCUACAGGAAGAAACCAGAUUUAUUCGUUCCUGAAUACUCAAAAUGGCCAAAAAAAUAAUAAUAGUGGCCCUUGCUGUGCUGCUGUUAGCAUGUCUUGCCACAUUUCUUGGUGUUUUCUUCGGUGUGAAGAGACAAAGUGGCUACAAAAAGGCAGCUGUGGCAGCAGACGCUGGCCGUUGCUCAGAGAUUGGCAGGGAUAUGCUAAAGAAGGGUGGAUCUGCAGUGGAUGCUUCAAUAGCGGCAUUAUUAUGUGUUGGAUUAAUGAAUGCUCACAGUAUGGGCAUAGGAGGAGGUCUUUUCUUCACCAUUUAUGACGCUAAAACUGGGAAAGCAGAGGUCAUUAACGCACGGGAGACCGCUCCACGCAAUGCAACCCAAAAUAUGUUUGGGAGCAGUUCAGACUUAUCCCAGAAAGGAGGGUUGGCUAUUGCUGUCCCUGGAGAGAUUCGAGGCUAUGAAAUUGCCCACAAACGACACGGCAAACUGCCCUGGAAAGACCUGUUUCAGCCAAGCAUCGAACUCGCUGAGAAAGGAUUUCCAAUGGGCAAGGCGCUGGCUACAGCUGUUGCCAGAAACAAGGAAAUCAUCCUGAAUGACAUGGCCUUCUGUGAAGUAUUUUGUGGGAAAGACGGCAAUGUGUUAGAAGAAAAUGAAACUGUGAAAUUUACCAAACUGGCAGAAACCUAUAGGAGAAUAGCAGAGAACGGGCCAGAGGAGUUCUACACAGGACAACUGUCUGAUGAUCUUGUGAAAGAUAUUCAGGCUGCAGGUGGCAUCAUUACAAAAGAAGAUCUCAGGGAUUAUGAGCCCAUCUUGGAUGAAAAACCUUUAACUGUGAAUGUGGGGGAGUACUCCAUGGUUGUUCCCAAUGCCCCCGCUAGCGGCCCUGUGCUAUCGCUGAUAUUAAACAUCCUGAAUGGGUACAACUUCAAUGAGGACAGUAUGGCGACCAAGGAGAAAAGGAUCCUAACCUUCCAUCGCAUUGUGGAGGCUCAUCGCUUUGCUUAUGCAAAAAGAACUUUACUUGGAGAUCCAGGGUUUCUCAACAUAACAGAUCUGAUCGAGAACAUGAUCUCCACUGCGUAUGCUGAUAACCUCCGGAGAAAUAUUACGGACAAUACAACACAUCCCAUGGAAUAUUAUGGGCCAGAGUUUUACCUGCCAGAUGACCAUGGGACAUCCCAUCUGUCUGUUAUAUCUGAGGACGGUAGUGCUGUGUCUGCUACCAGCACCAUCAACCUAUAUUUUGGCUCCAAAGUCAUAUCAAGAUCUACAGGAAUUAUUUUGAACAAUGAGAUGGAUGACUUCAGUUCACCAAACAUCACCAAUGGGUUCGGUGUUCCGCCUUCCCCGAGCAACUUCAUCACCCCAGGGAAAAGGCCGAUGUCUUCUAUGUGUCCAGCAAUCCUUUUGGACAAGGACAAAAAUGUAAAGAUGGUGGUCGGAGCUUCAGGAGGAACAAAAAUCACUACAUCUGUGGCUCAGGUGAUUCUCAAUGCACUUUUCUUCAAAUUCGAUGUGGAUAAAGCUGUCGUAGAACCAAGGAUCCACAACCAGUUGGUUCCCAAUACGACUGUGUUGGAACCAGACUUUGAAAAAGAUGUAGCUGAUGGCUUGAGAGAGAAAAACCAUGAGACAGAGUACCUCACAUCAACAGGAGCCGUGGUGCAGGCAGUGGUGCGCCAUGAAAAUAGGCUGUAUGCUAAGUCGGAUCCUCGUAAAGGAGGAUAUGCAGCCGGGUACUGAGGCUAUACCAACUUUAGCAGCUCAACUUUGAAAUAUUUUGCACAACCUGAGAGCUGAGGACCUCAUCAGCUCCGAACAAUCACCACCAACACUCAUUGACAGCAGAUUUUUUUUUUUUUUACAGGAAAUUAUGUAUAUACUUUAAAAAAUCAUUAAAAAAAGAGAUAGGGCUAUUUAAAUAAUGUAAUUUACAUAUCUUAUGUCAGCC